AUGCCGGCGCUUAACGUCGUCAACCUAUACGACAUCAUGCCAGAGCGAUUCAAGGAGGGUGUUUCUGCGGACGACACAUCAGCACUACUAGAGAAAGUUGGAAGAUAUUCCUACCAGACUAUGAAGAAAAUCAUUCCAGCUAUUGACUUCGACUAUGACUGGGGUCUCUGGCUGGAUUCGGAGGCCACCGUGGUACAACCGUUUAGCUUGAGGGAGAUGUUCGAUGAGUAUGUUCAAAGACCAACCGUGUGGCGAUCAAGAAUGGCCAAGAACGACAUCAUGCGAGGCUUCAUGGGUAACGCAACGAGGGUUCUCGGCCGUUCUGCCGACUCGUGGGGCCCCAUGUUCUGGAAUCUUGAUAGCGUUCAAUGGAUAGUGGAAAAGGCCGUCGUGACCGACAUGAUUGCCUACGUCGAGAAUGCACAUGGCACAGACUUUUGGACGGCUUGGAUUGCCAAUGAUGGGCCUUUCGAGGUCAAUAUGUACAAUUUGCAUAUUCAAGCGAGAAAGCUGGAAACCGUAGACUCCAUUUUCUCAAAGUAUCUCGUUCUAGAGACUGAAAGAGAGCUGGUCCGUUUCGGGAUGGCUCCCGCGUUUCCCCAUGUGGAGGCCCAUGGAGACACGGGUUUCCUCGAAAGAGCUUACAGAUUACUGAAGUCUAAUGAACUGCAACCUAACUUUUCCGCCUUCAUGCGACACUACAAACAGCGCCUCUUCCGCUUCGAAGGCCUGGAGUUCGCCCCUCCCGAGGUUAUCGAUAGGUUUCUUUUAGACUCACCUGUCAAUUUACUAGUUUGCGGGUCUCCUCCGCUACAUGAGUGGUGGCAAAAGAGGAUAGACGACGGGAAAAUGGUUGUUACCUAA